GCCAAGCACUUCCUGUCGGCGCCUGCACAUCCGGGUGAGGGGGUAGUGUUCGUGCCAGCUGUUGCUGUCGGCUUACGGACCGGGUCGUCCUGGCACCGCGGGUGAAGGGUUUCUGGGUCCCGGUUGGGUCCUGACCCGCCCGCCUCCACCCAGGCCCACCGUAAAAGGAUACAUGUUCACUUCAAGUAGUAAGGAGCAUGUUCCCAAACUGCUCCAACUUGGGUCGCCCAGCCUUCCCUCCAAAACAGCAGCAGCAGAGUAUUUUCUUCAGGUGCCUAAACGUGCCACCUGCCCAUGCCUCCUACCAGCAAACUGCUGGUUCUCAGUUUAAUUUUCAGAAUACAGUUCUUUCCAGGGCUCUUUUGAGUGGGACCUUUGCAACUAUUCCAGCUGUUGCACUGCAGCCAGAGCCUUACAGAAGUGGCAGUCCAGCAUACACGUCUGAUUCCCCCAUGCCAUUCCGAGGAAGAAAGAGACUAAGUGAGCAAAGUAUUCCACUCAAUGUGAAACGUCAGCGACUUCACUCCCAUCAUUCUGAAACAACUGCAGCUAACCUUGCAGUGCCUUUACCAGAAGAGCGUAGAUAUUCCUUCCCAGCAUCAGGGCACUCUCCACUGCUCCGCUCAUGUCAAGUACCGAGUGCAGCUGGGUGUGUCCCUUCCUUUGGAGACAAUUUUUUGCCAGAUCCAAUAGAAACCACGCUCCCUGUGGCCAAAGAUAAGUUAAGUCAGCAGGUUUUGGAGUUGUUUCAAGCAUGUCAGCAGCAGACCUGUGAUUUAAACAGAAAAGAGCUCUGCCGAGUAGAACUCCAGAGGGAAAUUCAGCGAAUUUUUCCACAUAGCAGACUCUUCUUGGUUGGUUCCACACUGAAUGGAUUUGGCACUCGUAGCAGUGAUGGUGACUUGUGCCUGGUGGUUAAAGAAGAACCAGUAAAUCAGAAGACUGAAGCAAGGCAUAUACUCAGUGUAGUCCAAAAACUCUUCAGUACUAGACUUUCGCACUACAUUGAGCGACCUCAGCUGAUUAGAGCAAAAGUGCCAAUAGUGAAGUUCAGGGACAAAGUCAGUGAUGUGGAGUUUGACUUGAAUGUAAACAAUACUGUAGGAAUAAGAAACACAUUCCUUCUGAGAACCUAUGCAUAUGUGGAAAGUCGAGUUCGUCCAUUGGUACUUGUUGUUAAGAAGUGGGCAAGGUUUCACGACAUCAAUGAUGCCAGUCGUGGUACUUUAAGCAGCUAUAGUCUUGUAUUGAUGGUUUUGCACUAUUUACAGACCCUACCUGAACCCAUCCUUCCAUCCCUCCAAAAAAAUUACCCAGAAUCUUUUGAUCCUGCUAUGCAGUUGCAUCUUGUUCAUCAAGUUCCAUAUACCAUUCCUCCUUACAUCUCAAAAAAUGGAUCAAGCCUUGGGGAUUUGCUAAUAGGCUUCUUCAAAUAUUAUGCCACAGAAUUUGAUUGGAGCCAUCAAAUUAUUUCAGUUCGUGAGGCCAAAGCUAUUCCAAGACCUGAUGGUUCUGAAUGGAGAAACAAAUUUAUUUGUGUAGAAGAGCCCUUUGAUGGGACAAAUACUGCUAGAGCUGUACAUGAAAAACAGAAGUUCAAUAUUAUCAGAGAUGAGUUUCUCCAGUCUUGGCAGGUAUUACGAGACAAGAAAGACCUGAACUUUAUAUUACCUUUAAGAGCAACAAUACAGAAAAGAUAAACUUCUUCCACUUUCUUCUUACUGGAUCCUACUGAAAUGAUAUCCAAAUCAGGAAGCAGUGUCCCUGUGGUUUUUAAGACACGAUUUUCCCUAAAUUUUUGUUAAGGAACCAUUUUAAGAAAGAUUUCACAUUUUGUUUUCAACAUGUCUUAAUAUGCCUGUUCCAUUAGAGACAUUUUUUCUGAAAAUACUCGCAUUAUUUACUUUCUUAAAGAAACUCAAACUACAAGAAUGAAUCAAUUUUAAUGAAAUUAUGGGAAUAUACUGACCUGUUGUUCCCAUAAUUUGUAUAAUAAUUUAUUCAGAUGCAUUUAACCAUGAGACACAGACAUUCAGAGCUAAACUAUGAGCAAGUCUGACUAUACCCUUAAGGCACUGCACCCAGUACCCCCUUUUUCCUGAACAGACAGUUCGUGCUUUAUAUCAGCCCAACUGCAGUAAGCACUUUUGCUCAACAAGGCACUUUCCAUUUUUAUUUCCCUUUUACAUGGAACAACAAGCAAGUUUAUGUAAAUUAAGAGAGUAUAGUUGGUGGUCUGAAUAUCAAGAACUGAUACAGAAUUUUCAAGCAACAAUUCUACUACAAAGAAGUUUAAAUAAGAAAGGAUAGAUCAGUAUCCAUAAGUGUUUCAUAUUCACACAGAGUAGGCAAGGUACAUUCUAGUGGUUCCUCUUAUAUAUUUGGAGUAGUUGUGAUGUCUCGUUAAAACAAAAAAAUUCACAAGGAACCAAAAAAAACCCAAACCAACACCAAAACACCCUACAACCCUGCCACUGUUACAGAAAGAUGUGCUUCUGUCUAGUUUUUGUGUAAAUAUUUGUAAAUUGGUCAGCUACUGUAAAUCAAAUUUAAAUAAGUGAUCUUGAAAAUUUUACAUUUUCCAAAUUAAAGUUGUGAGCCCUCUUUUAGACCUGCUGUAGCACAAUUUGUGCCUCUUGUAUAUUUGCUAUUGACGAUAUGAAUUGUUAGAAUUCUACUUAGCAUUGAUGUCAAAUUCUUAUUUUUAUUAAAGUUUAAUAUUUUGUAUGGUGGCCAUUGGAAUAAAAUUUAUAUAUGAAACAUGUAGUUUAUUUUUCUAGUUUGUUAUUUUGUACUGCAUAAUUAAAAUAUUUCCUAUAAUUAAGUAGAAAAGGAAAUGCUCUCUUGAAAAUUAAACUUCUUUGUGGCUAUUCUCCUCUAUGUCUGCAUACAGGUAAAAGUCUCUCAUCUGUUGCUGUCUGUAACACAAUUGUGAAAACCCCUAUAACUGUGUAAAAUAACAAGCAUUUUCUCAUGAAAACCUGUAAGUUCCAAUUUAUGUCAAGUUUUUUGAUUUGUUCCAGAAAUUGUAUGUGCCUGCUGUGAGAUUACUUACUAUACACUUUAUCAUCACCUAGUCUUUGUAAGAUUUUGACUUGCUUCUUAAAACAGCUUCUUUUACAAUUAAAACAGUCUUUCAGUUUUAAUCUUACUCUAGCAAUUGUCUAAAAUAUUGUCUCUCCAUGCCUGUGUUGCCUCUUAAUUGCCCUUCCUCUUUACAGGAUGGUAGGCUUGGUCUUGCUUGAAAUACUCAUUUGCUUCACAAAAAGUGGAAGUUUUUAGUACUGGAUGGUGUCUGGAUUCAAAAAUGACCCACAAGUGCUAGUUGGAUUUUGGGGAUAAGGGAGGUCUGCUCUUUUUUUAAAAAAAGGUGCUGGCUAUCUCUUUAACUAGAAAAUGUAAAGCUUUCCCAAGGUGGGAUAACCAGGAAAAGGCAUACAUGUUCAAAUUCAGCAAAAAUGUAUUUCAAGUGAGCUGGAUGAGAGGCACAAAACAUUACAUGUCUGUCUCUUGCGAGUUUGCAUUGCAUUACCUAAGAUGUCAAGAUACCUCACACCUUAAAAUUAUUGCUUUACAGUUGAAGAUGUUGUCUUAACUGUUUUAAAAUACACAUUUAAACAAAUGUGGUACCUCCUUGCAGUUCUGUAAAAUCUGACCUAAUAACUCAGCUUCCCUUUUAGUUCAAGCCAAGAUCUGUAGCCACAAUGGCCUGGGUCUUUCAAAAGAAUCCUUUUGCUGUUUUCUUUCCAGAUUUUAUGUACUUCUGAUAAACUACAUUUAUAAUCAGAAAUAUAAAGUCAAGAAAGUAGUUUUCUGAAUUGUUGGGGGAAAGACCUUUUUGUCACAUCCUCUCUAAAAAUGGAAAACUUUCCAGUAAUUUUCUGUGUUACCUAAGCGGCAAGAUGGUGUUAACUUCAUUUAGCUUUUAGCAAAAAAAGUUAGUGGGUAGUCUAGCAAAAGCAUGGAAAGUGGCAGUGCUUUUGCAUAUUAGAAAAUAUUCUGAGAGACUUGAAAAAUUUCACCAGAUGUCAUGCACUAUUCUCCUGCCAGGGCAAGCAAGGGCAGCUCCAUUUUCCACUGAAGCUCCAGACAACUGGAACAAUGAGUAUGACACUUGUAAGAAGGCCAUGAAAGAAUAUCCUAUAUUGGUCAACUUACAGGUCAAAUUAAGUUGUGAGAAAUGCAGGAGGAAGAACAUGAGGCCUGGAAAUAAUUUCAAGAGGUUCUGGUAAAAGGGUACUCACCUUCUUCAGUGCUGAAGACUGAAUCAGAACUUGUGCUUCAUCUGUACGCACUUCUAGAAGAUUGUAAUCCUUAUGUCUUCAUUGUGUAAAAAUGUGAAGCAAUCUACCUUAAAUUUCAUUGUGCUGUGUAAACGGUCUCUGUACUCAAGAUAAAGCCUAAGGUUUAAGUUAGUAUCUGUUUCAAGUACUUUUUCAAGAAAUUAUGUUCUGGUCUUGUAAAUUGUGCACCUCAGUGAGGAGGUCAAGAGAGCAGAAAGGUUUUGUCUGUAUGUACUUUUUAGGAAAUAUUUUACUUCAAGUGAAUCUUUCAGUAGGAUUUUGAUUUAGAGAGCUCUUGUACACCAAAAAACCUGCUUGAGUCAUUCUGUACUUAAAAAAAAAAACAAAAAAAAAAACCAAAAACUGGACCCAGCUAUUUAUUUAAAGAACAAAAAACCCAAACAAAGAAAAAAAUUAAUAAUGGCAGUAGAGUUAUACUGUGUAUAUGGUAUUUUAUACCUGAAAUAAUUUGGCUGUUCUUUAUUUAGAACUAGGGUUUUGGUGCUUCUUCUCCUCUUGUAAAAAUAAUUGAAAAAAAAAAAAUCAUGCGCUCAGCUAGUGCAGGUGGGAAACAGUACCAUUUUUGUCUGUGAAGUGUAUCACUUUGUGUGAAAUGCAGAAUAAUAAAGAGUAAACAUGGCUUAAUGUAAACUG